AUGGCGACCAUGUCGAGGAACAUGAACAUCUCUCAGCAGAAGUUCGCCGAGAAGCUCACCAUUCUCAAUGACAGGGGAGUCGGAAUGUUGACUCGGAUCUACAACAUAAAAAAGGCGUGCGGAGAUGCCAAGUCGAAGCCUUCCUUCCUCUCGGACAAAAGCCUCGAAUCGUCAAUCAAACACAUUGUGAGACGAUUCCCGAACGUAGACAUAAAAGGAUCGUCCGCCCAGCUCACACCGGUAUUCCAAAUCAAACAAGAGAUUGUCAAGAGUCUCUCUCUAUAUUACUACACAUUCGUGGACCUCCUCGACUUCAAGGACCACGUGAAUGAUCUACUUACGCAUCUGGAUGUGUUCCUUAUGACACCGAAUCUUUCGCUUAAUUUCGACCUCACGAAAGCUUACUUGGAUCUCAUCACGACCUACGUGAGCCUCCUGAUCCUCCUGUCGCGGGUUGAGGAUCGGAAGGCUGUUCUCGGUCUCUUCAACGCCGCGUACGAGAUCAUCCACGGCCAGUGUGAUCAGAGUUUCCCGAGACUCGGACAGAUGAUCGUCGACUACGACCCACCGCUGAAAAAGCUGGCCGAUGAAUUCGUCCCCCAUUCGAAGAUGCUUUAUACCGCUCUCUCGUCGCUCGUUCACGUUUUUCCGCGACGGAACCUAUCGGCCGACGAUUGGCGAAAAAACUAUCUGCUUAGCCUCAUCGCCCAACCCAACAGUAUGCUGACGCCGUCUCAGACUGAAACCAUAGCCUGCGAGUACCUGUCGCUGGAAACUAUGGAACGCUGGAUAAUUUUUGGAUUUCUACUCAUACAUCCAUUUGUGAAUCAACAACAAGGUCCGGCGAACAAACUAUUCCUAGCGGCGCUCAACAACGGUUGGGUGGUCACACUUUUUAGAGACGAAGUCUUGCACGUUCACGCUUACGUGCAGCAGUUCUUCGAAGGUAUCAAAGGCCUCAACAAAAAAGUUUCCGAAGUCAAAGAGAGCUACAACCAUGCUGUGCAGCAGGCGCCGUUUAUUCACCGCGAACGUCGGAAAUUCCUGCGCUCCGCGCUUAAAGAGUUAGGUCUAUUGCUGACUGAGCAGCCAGGCCUCUUGGGACCCAAAGCUCUCAUCGUUUUCAUGGCUUUGUCCAUGGCCCGGGAUGAGGUCACCUGGUUGCUCCGACACAUGGACAACCCGCCCCACAAACAAGCCAAUAAGCAGAAGAAUAAUCCAAACGACGACCUUCUCGACCGACAAUUACCUGAGUUGUUGUUCCACAUAGAAGAAUUAAGAGCUCUCGUUCGGAAAUACAACCAGAUUUUCCAGCUGUACUUCAUCCAAUACCUUUCUGGCUUCGAUGCCACUGCUUUGAAUCUGAUUCUAUCCAACAUGCAGAGUCUUCCCGAGGAAGAUUCCCUCAUUUUAUCCUCAAUCUGCCAAACGAUAUCCACAAUGACUGUCAAACAGGUUGAAGAGAAAUGCAUUUUCGACCUCCGCGGUCUCCGUCUCGACUGGUUCAGACUCCAAACGAACGCGGCGUCGUCAAAGUAUCCCCUGAAUCUGGACGGCAGGUCCGAUCUAGCCAUUUUGAUGAAUACAAUUGUUUUCCAUACGAAAAUGGUCGACUAUCUCGAUAAAGUUCUUCAAGAGACCUCUGACCUCUCGGUGUUUUGCUUCUUCAACCGUGCGUUCGAAGAGCAAUUCCAUCAAUGUUUGGAAUUCCCAGCCCAGACGCGUUACGUAGUCGCGUUCCCUCUGAUCUGUUCUCAUUUCAUCUGUUGUACACAUGAGCUUUGCCCUGAGGAGCGCUACCACAUCGGAGAUCGCUCGGUAACGAUGGCCAAUGCGUUCCUCGACGAGAUGGCGAAGGAGGCCAAAAAUAUUAUCACGACCAUUUGCGACGAGCAAUGUUCUCUAUCGGACAAAUUGCUGCCCAAACACGCAGCAUGUCGCAUCGCUCAGAUGGUGCAACGUCGCAAAAGGGACAAGAAAAGCAAUAAGAAUGGCCCGCCUAUACCUGAACCGGAGGAACCCGGUAUCGAAAGCUACCGGAGAACGAGACUCGAGCUCUCUACGAUGGACAAGCUUCACAUGGCGUUGACGGAAGUGUGUUAUGCCAUAAAUUAUUGUCCCACAAUGACAAUCUGGGAGCACACUUUCGCACCGCGCGAGUACCUAGCGAACCACUUGGAGACCCGUUUCGCGAAGGCGCUAGUGGGCAUGGUGAUGUUCGAUUCCGAGUCUGGCGACAUUGCCAAGCCUACAGAGCUCCUAAGCUCCGUCCGGGCCUACAUGAGUGUACUGCAGGGCAUUGAGAAUGUCGUGUCCAUCGAUAUAACUCGAGUGUUCAAUCACGUGUUGCUCCAGCAAACGCAAACUCAGGACAGGAAUGGAGACAAAACCAUCACUUCCCUAUACACGACGUGGUAUCUCGAAGUUCUGCUGCGAAGAGCCACGGCUGGUCACAUUGUGUUUUCGCCGUUCCAAAGAUCAUUCGUUACUAUUUCCCAAGACCCCCAAAUUCCCUACACAGCUGAAGAGUACUCCGAUGUCAACGAGCUGCGCGCGCUGGCCGAACUACUUGGACCUUAUGGAAUCAAGCAUUUGAAUGAAAGCCUUAUGUGGCAUGUGGCAUCUCAGGUUUCAGAGCUGAAGAAGAUCGUGGCGCAAAACCGAGACGUACUGACAGAGCUUCGGUCGAGCUACGACAAACCGGAGAAGAUGAAGGAACUCUCCAAAAACCUUCAGAUGACAGACAGUGUCCUCCAAAGAAUGACCAUCAUCGGCGUGAUUCUCUGCUUCAGAGAACUCACGCAACAAGCUCUCCACGAUGUACUCGAAGACCGAAUCCCCUUCCUCCUCAGCUCUAUAGAGGAUUUCUAUCAGCAGGUGCAGAAUGCCCCGAAUAUUGCUGCGCUCAACGUCUCGGAAAUGGCCGUCUCGGCUGGUCUCAAGUGUCGCGUUGAUCCUGCACUGGUGCAAGCUCUGCGGCAGUACGGGAAAAAUGAGUCCCCAGACGAAGAGUACCAAAUGGCCUGUUUACUCAUGGUGUUUCUAGCGGUAGCUCUACCGCGUCUCGCCCGCAGCGAGGCGUCUUUGUACAGACCAUCACUAGAAUCCCAUCAGAACAAUAUACACUGCCUGGCUCAAGCUAUCAACGGUCUGGCUGGUGCACUGUUCACCCUCAGUGGACAAAACGAUAUCGAGGAUCGUCUCAAAGAAUUCCUCGCGCUUGCUUCGUCUUCGAUGCUGCGACUCGGCCAAGAAGCUGAUAAGGAAGCUAUCCGCAAUCGCGAGUCCGUCUACAUCCUCCUAGAUUUGAUUGUACAAGACUCGCCAUUUCUUACGAUGGAUCUUCUAGAGUCGUGUUUCCCGUACGCCCUUCUACGCAAUGCCUAUCACGCCGUUUACAAGCCUGAUCACGGACUGGCCCAUAUGUCCGUGUGAAGAGCUGGCUGGGAUCGAACGAACCCUCAGAGCAUAGAGUGCUGUGGAGCAAACGAGACUCUUAUCCGAGGAUUUUGCCAGACUUUCUCUCACUCUGGGGGAACAUCGACAGAUCGUCGAUCACCUGGGGAAUCUUCCCUGCCUUCGGGGAGGCUUCUACCGAUUUCGAUCAUAGAUCUCCAAAGCAGCGAAUACACGUUAAGGGACGGAAUGACGGACGAUAAAGCUUAUUUUAUUCAUUUUGAUACAAUAAUCUUCGAAUAUUCGCGUGUACUCGUUUCGGGAGCUCAAAUUUCGAAAUUGUCUCGACAGUAUUCUCGAACCAUAAAUUGUAGUCAUGGAAGCAUUUUAAGCGAGUCAAAUUUUGUAAAUAAAUUAUCUAUCUAUUGAGUUGUAGCUA